AUGUUUUGUAUUAAUAUCAAAGCUGUAAAAGAUUUACUGGAGCACCUGCAACUUGCAUGUAAUGAGUUAAAAGACGAAAACGAAUUUGCUAUCAUUAACGAGUAUGGAUACAAUGCUUAUCGUUAUACUACUGCACUUAUGAUAUGCAGUAUUGGUGGUAUAUGUGCUAUUAUAGUCGGUCAAUUUUGGUCGAAUAUUCUCAAUAUUAUAUUACCAAUAAAUAUAUCUAUAUCACAAAGCACACCAUUUAUAGUGGAAUACUUCGUCGAUCAAGAAAAAUAUUUCUUCUGGAUUUUGCUACAUAUUAAUGUAGCAUUCUGCGUCGGAGCAACUGCAAUGGUAGGAAUAGGAACAAUGCUUAUUGCGUAUUUUCAAUACAUUUGUGGAAUGUUUAAGAUUGCCAGCUACCGUAUCGAACACGCAAUGAGCAACAACAAGUUACGAGAUAUUAAUCCCAAAAACAAACUUUCAAUAUUCGAGGGUUUAAUUUGGGCUAUGGACAUUCAUCGACAAGCCAUGAAUUUGUCUCAACAUUUGCAAUCGAGCAUUAAACCGAUGCUAUUUUGUUUAAUAAUAUGUGGAGUAAUCUCGAUGAGUUUCAAUUUGUAUCGAAUUUUUCAGAUUACAUCUGCAGAUGAUAAAUUACUAGAUAAUAUCAAGGAUUUAAUAGUACCUGUUAUAUGUGCAUUAGUCACUAUUUUAUAUAUGUUCAUAUCCAACUAUAUUGGUCAAGAUAUAACAGAUCAUAAUCACAAUGUAUUUGUUACGGUAUAUAAUGUUCGAUGGUACAUAGCUCCCUUACAUAUACAAAGAAUGAUAUUGUUUCUGUUACAAAGAAGAUCCAGAGAUUUUAUUUUGACAGUUGGAAUAUUUGUUUCAUCUAUAGAAUGCUUCGCCACGAUCGAGAUAGAUCCGAUAUCGAAAUGUUUAAGUUGUAGAGGAAGAUAUAAGAAAAACACUCUUGUAGGUCAUAUGUAUUCUAUGAGAGCCAGCAUUAGACUGAAGUAUCGACAUUGAAAAGAGAGUAUAACGCCUGCGCAGAAUUAUUUUAUG